AUGGUUGCCAUUAAAAUCGUCUCAGCGCUUGCCGCUGCUGGCCUUGCAGUUGCUGCUCCUACAGGUCAAAGCCUCGAGAAGAGGGCAAACAUCGACAACACCAUCCUCCAGUUUGCUCUGACCCUGGAGCAUUUGGAGAAUGUGUUCUACAAGGAGGCGUUGAAGAACUACACCCUUUCGGACUUCAAGGCAGCCGGCUACUCGCAGGACUACUACAACAACCUGAAGUACAUCGCCUACGACGAGCAGGUGCAUGUGCAGGCACUGUCUCAAGCUUUGUCGGCUGCUGGCCAGACGCCCAACCAGGCUUGCACCUACCGCUUCCCAUCCAUCGAUGUGUACGCUCCUCCACCAAGUCACCCCUCAAUAAUCAUCCCAUUAACAACCCGCACCAGCCCAACCUUCAUCACCCUCUCCUCCGUCCUCGAAGGCGUAGGCACAAGCGCCUACCUCGGCGCCGCGGGCCUAAUCACCAACAAACAAUACCUCACCGUCGCCGGCUCCAUCCUCGCCGUCGAAGCCCUCCACACCUCCCUCCAACGCGAGGCAAUCGGCAAAAUUCCCAUGGCCAACCCCUUCGAAACCCCGCUGGAUCCGAUGUCCGUCUACACCCUUGCCGCGGCGUUCAUCGUCUCGUGCCCGGACAGCAAUACCCCGCUACCUUUCACGGCGUUCCCGGGUCUGACGUACGAUGGACAGAGCUGCACGUGCGAGGAGCCCGACUGCAGCACCCCGAGCGUGUACGUUAAGAGGAACGAGAUGUGGGGUGAAGGGUGGCCCAAGUGGAGCAAGCACCACGGCAAGACGUACUCGUGCGCGCCGCCGUCCGCUGGCGCCGACGUGAAGUUCACGGCGGCCAAGAAGAUUCCGAGCGGGAGCUACGUGACGUUCGUCAACGGCUUGACUGUCACUUCUGUCCAGGGUCAAGUUUCCGGCAAGGACAUCACUGCGACGAUCCCACAGGGCAUUGCCGGGCAGACUUAUGUCUUCGUGACCAAGUCGGACGUCGAGACGACGUUUGAUGAUUCGCAGGUGCUGUUUGGGCCGUCGAUUCUGGAGGUCAACCCGGCGGCGCCGGCGCUUGAUUACAGCGUUCAGAAGUGA